CGCAGAUUAUUAUUUCUCGCGUGUGGUGGUUAAUAGAUCGAUAAUCGCAGACGCUGUCAUCGACUAUGUGAUCAAUCGAUAACGUAGUUUUCGAGAACGCGGCAACGUGCAUACUGUGCGGGGUAAAACGAGACUCGUGAAAAGUUUGGUUAUUGUUUUAGACGCGGUUCUAUUAACGAUUUACUCUUAAUAUAUUAUUCGAAAGUCGCACGUGACUAUUCUCUAAUACGUCUAUUGGUCGAUUGAUUCGAUUGUGCGACGACGAGGCGGUCGAUAGGCAUCCUCAGAAAUUCCGCUAGUGAGGUACGUUAAAGAAGCAACGUUCAACGCGUAGUGGCGGGUCGGACAAGUAUUUUUUUUUCUAUUCAUUCAAAAAUCAAGCAUUCCUCGAAAGUGAGGUUCAAUGGCGUCUGAAACUAGCCCCGCUAUUCAAGAUAAUCUUCAAGAUUUUUCGAAACAAAACAAGACGCAGGUCCUGCAAAAUACAGACAGUGAAUUAGGAUCGUCCUUUCGUCGAGCCAGUUCCUUAAGGAUAUCAAAGUCAUCGAAUUCGAGCAACGCCGAUCGUAAUCGAUUACACGUGUCAUCUUACGAUGGUAAGACAUCUCCAUCCGCUUCAUGGUCGUCCGAAAAAUCGAAUGCUACGUCAGUCCGGCCCGCCAGGCAUUCCGCACCUGCGAUCGACGCACCUGCGCCGGAAUAUCUCGCCAGAAAUCUUCUGCAACUUGGCUGCCCGGCUGUGUCAAUGCCCACACCUCGUGGAGGAGUAGGAUCCGAGCCUCCGCAGAGUAGCGACAGCGAUGAAUACCCGACGACACAUAGCCAUCAUCAACAGCAAGCAGGUCAUGGUCAUGGGCAGGGAUAUGGUCAAGGACAGGUGGAUGUUUACAACUUGCCCAAAGUCCAGGUGUCGGGACCGCCUAGCAACGAUGAAUCCUCUUCCAUCAUCAAUGGGUCUGCGGGGUCCAUAGGAGCACGAUCGGCGCCCAGCACGCCUCUUCAAGUAGCUCCUGGAGCGCAACAAGCUGGCCAACAGCCGAUUACCAGCAGCUCUCAGCUUACAGUGGCAGCUGCGAGUAAUCCUCAGCCUCCGAAGAGUCCGAGCCACGCGGCCUUGAGAUGUAACGACAGUCAACUUUCGAAACCGCUCAGUAGAAGUACACCAUCAAUGGCAGCUGGUAGCGUCGUGCAGACCCCAGGAAAAGUAAGCAGAUCUUCGUCCACUUCCUCGCCAACCACUACCAGCAGUGCGAGACAGAAGAAAUUCCACAGGCAUUUCUCUCAGGUUGCUGCGGAUGAACGAGUAUUAAAUUACUACAGCUGUGCGCUGGUAGGCGACAUACUGCUGCAAGGCUACCUGUACAUCACGCCAAACUAUUUCGCCUUCUACAGCAACGUGUUUGGAUACGUGACGAAGCUGCUAAUACCGACAGCAUCGGUGCUGAAGAUCAGCAAGGAGAAGACAGCGAGGAUCAUUCCAAAUGCGGUGGCAAUCGCUACCGAAGAGGAGAGGCACGUUUUCUGUUCACUUUUGUCCAGAGACUCGACAUUCAAGUUGAUGAAACAGGUUUGGGACGCUGCUAUAGAGCCACAACCAUCACCUGCUAUUCUACCGCUUACGAGUGAAACGAAACUACUCGCUCCGGACGUGUUGGUCGUCGAUGACUCCGAGGUGAACCCUGAGGAAGAUGAUUCGAGCAUGUCCGAAAGCGGGACAGAUCUUAAUUCCAGACCACCGACCGUUUGCACCGAUACUGAUGGUGUUGUACCACCAGCUAUUACUAGGGCCAGUUUAACAGCACCUAUAAUACUUGAACCAACACCAGUACCGUUGCUUCCAACCAGGUCCAGCAAAUCCAAAGUCCUAUCGUCCUUGUUCGCGGGUGGACUGAAAACUAGCACAGUGAUUACCAUUCUGAUAGCUCUCUUAGCAGCUCUCUACGUGUCGGCAGCUUUGAUGAUGAUACGCAUCGACAGGCUGCAUACGGCUUAUCUGAACCAUCCGCUCGUCUCGCCGGAACGUUUCACGCAGGAUCGACUUUUGCAUUAUCUUAAUACAAACCUUGAUCAAAUAGUAAAGGUGCGACAAAGUCUGCAGACAUUGUCACAGCAGUUCGUGUCGAUGAGCCAAAGCAGCGAAACGGGCCCGAGUGUAUCCGGUGGCACGGUGGAACCGGAAGACGCUCCGAGUUAGCCCCCGGCCAGGCUAAAUAAUUUAAUACAACCGGAUGAUACGAGUCUCCGUCGCCUCGUAUAAAUGUGUCGUUGUCUUUCGUGGUCUACGUCGAGUAUUUGGCGAACGAAACCCAAUUCGAUCGACUAAUUGACCAUUGUAGCUUCGACGGUCCUUAAUUAGGCAUUAUUAACAUUAGUACCUAGUACUGUUCGAGGUUGCAUACGCAUGUAUAGGCAAAUUCAUAAAGAAAAGAAAAGAAAAAGAAAAAUGACACAAAACAAGUAAAACUGAAAAACAGGAUCGUUAACGAUCAUAUCCUAGAUAAUGAGCCAUGCGUGACUCGAUUCGACUUUCAGUCGUGUUUGCAAAUUAAUCAAGAGGCUUCAAAGUAACAGAGAACACCGUGUAUAGGAUACACGUUCGAACCUAUUAGCUGUAUGUCGUGUAUGACGGUGUAAAUUGAGGAAAACGCAAAGAAAAUUAAUCGUACGCCCAUGAAGCGAACGAAGAGAUUUUCGUUUUUAAACUAGUCACUUAUUAAUGAUAUAUACCCUGCAUACGACAAGAGUAUAAUGAACAAAGUGGUAUAUAUAUAUAAAAUAAAUAAUAUAAAGAAAAAAGCUAUAUAUAUAUAUAUAUAUAUAUACAAUAGAAUAAUGCAUAUUUCGCGAUUACUUGUUGAUUAUUAUGUAUUUUGAGCUAGUUGGAGCACUAUCUUUUUAAACCGGAUACAGCUUGCAAAGAGUUACAUCAUAGAAUUAAAAACGGGGUUACAAUUGUACAGUUAUCGCGACGAAGAAAUACUACGAAAUACACACGAGCUUUUGUGCGGUGUUCCGAUCGUUUGGGAUUAUACAAAUUUCGUCGACAAACAUCGAAUACCGCGCCUUUUAAACGAGAUAUAACAAAACAAAAAGAUGCAUUUCCCGCGCACACUGGUGUUCCUACAAAAUUUGUCAGAAAGGAAAUGAAAAGAUAUCAUCUCUGUUUCUUUUCUUAUCGAUUUUUGUUACCUUUUUGUUCUUGUUAAUUUUUACACUUGAGACGAAUCGAUUGUUGCGAAAAGUGCUCGCGAAAUAUUCCAUUUACUUGAACGUUGUUUCGAUACGGUUGCACGCAACGUUCUUCUGUGCGAAACAAGGAAACGUUUGGACAAAGCGUUAUAUUAUAUUUAUGGGAUACGGGAGAAACGGGAGACUUGACUGUGAUAGUAGGAUCGAGGACGCAUUUUGUUAAAGAAAAAAAAAAAAAAGAAAAUAAUUAUAAACACGACCGCGUUUAUCAGGUUGUACCAUUCAGAGAAGACUGGUUAUCGCGAUCGGACCAAAAAAGAAAUGACUUUAUGAAACGUAAACGCGGUCGUAUUUGGGAGAUCACGUGAGGAUCUAUGAGAAGUGCUGUUACAUUAUUUAGCUAAUAUUUAUAAACGAAAAUAUGCACGGUACGUCAAGUGAAAUUCACUGAAAUAUUGUUUUCAGUACGAUUAUUAAAUAUGUGAUCGCAUACAUAUAUAUUAAUCUAAUUAUUUUAAACUAUAACUUUUACUAUUAUAUGCUUCUUGCGGUCGAGAUGGUCGAGGAACAAUAAUAUGUGUUUGAAAUUUGAAACGAAAGGAAAAUGAAGUUAUAAGAAAUGGGAGAUACACUUUUAUUGAAGGUGAAAAUUUAGUAGGAUAUUCUAAUUUAUUUUUUAUGGAUUUACGUUUUAGAGGUUUUUAUAUGUUUUAUCUUUACGUUAAUUGGAUUUCUGAACUUAUAGUUGACGAUAUGCCUUUUAGUGCGUGGGGUAAGUCGUUGGAGAGUGAGAGGAGAGAGGAGAGGAGACAAACUUGUGCCUGGCGUGUGCCAUAUGAAAGAAAAUCGGCUACAUUCUGACAUAGAAAAUGAAAAAAGGAAAACGAUAAUUGAAAUGUGAGAGUAUGUAUGAAAUAAACAAAAGUAUCACGAUA